UCGUCAAUAUCCAAAACGACUUGUCGCUAGAAGCCCUAUAUAAAUUACCAGGAGCUUUGGCGCCAGGCCAGUCCAGUCCCUCCAGUCUCUCGGAGUCCAGCGGCAGCGGUGACUGCGGAACCUCCCAUCUUUUGACGGAUCCCAAGUCCCAAAAGCCAUCUUUCCUGAGAAGUGAGACGAGAACAGACACGCACCAAGAGAUGAAGUUCAAGGCAUUUCUUACAGAGAAUGGUGUAAAUCUUUUGGAAAAGAGGUUCCUACCAGCCCUAGACAAGAUGGGAAAGAUAUGCCAUCUCUACCUCAACAGAGACCAUGCUAUCUUCCUCCACAACCUUCUUAAUGGUGAUGGAAUUCAAUCCAUUGCCCAGUUUCGCAAAGAAGCUCUUUUUGAUGACUAUCGCAUCUCCAGCCAGAAUGAGGACCGCAUUGCCUUUACAGUAGACAUCUCUCUUCUCCACCGUGCUCUUCGUAGCAGUGUCAGCAUAUGUACUGAGUUUGGAAAUGGUCCGACAGCCAACCGGCUCCAGAUUAGAUUGGUUAAAAAACUACCUCCAAAUUCUACCCAACCAUUGCCUUUCCUGACUUUCGAGACCAAGGGUUAUAAAUCUGCGGUAAUUCAGGAUGUACCAAUCUCAAAACCUUUGUCCAGAGCCCAGGUUCUGGAACUUCAAACUGCUCUUGAUGCAGCUCAAGACUUGCCUCAGACUCUGGUUCAGGUUCCCGAUCUGAAUCAGUUGCAAAAUUUUGUGGAUCGGAUGAGGCAUGUUGGUGAUUUGCUCAAUGUUACCAUAAGCAAGUAUGGGGAUUUACACAUUCAGAUUUCAACAACACUCAUCACACUUGGUGCAGAGUUUCAGAAGCUGUUGGUCAUAGGUGAGCAAGCUGAUGCUCCAUCUGAAGAUCGAAAUAUGACCGCUCAGACUCGGUCGGCAAGGGCUAUUUUAAGGGGUGAUGCUCAAUCUGUGCAAGUGAGUGUCAAGCAUUUUGGUAAGAGCCUUCAGUGCCACUUGGCUAAACCGGACUGCGCUUUCUAUGGGAUUGCCGCACAAGGUGCUUGCUUGACAGUGAUCUUCCAAUUUUUCAUUCCUGGUUCUCAUCAAAUCGAUAAGUCCAUCAGUCUACACUGCAGACUUCCUGUACUUGACCAAGGAUCGGGUUAAAGGAAUUAUGCAGAAUUGCAGGUACAUUGCGUCUGUGAGCGUAGGAUAAGAGUGGUGGUGGCUCAGUUUCUUGCCAAGAGUAUUGCAAGAUUAUUGCUCGUGUCCAUAUUUCUGUGCUUCGGAAUGGGAUAAAUGUCAUUUGCUGAUUUCCAGGGUUGUUGCCAAACAAGGGAAAAAGACUUCCACGCUUAAAUUCCGAUUUUUCGGAGUUUUUCUUUCCGCACCCAAACACCGGGUAAGUAGACGAUGAAUUUCAUGAAGAAAAAUCAACAGAAAAAUGGCAGAGAGAUUGCUUUUAUAGAUAUAUUGUACACAAAAUUCCAGCUACACACAGACUGCCCUAAUUUUAUGCAUUACACCAUUCAAUUUCUACAUAA